AUGAAGGAAUCUGAAUCAAUAUCAGAUUAUUGUUCGAGGGUGAAGGAAAUAGCAAAUCAGUUAAAAAGAUAUGGAGAGAAGUUGGAAGACGUUCAUGUGGUAGAGAAAAUCCUUUGUUCUUUAAUUUCGAAGUUUGAUUAUGUUGCUUAUGUCAUAGAAGAGUCAAAGGAUUCAGACUCUUUGACCGUUGAAGAAUUGGAAGUAUCUUUACAAGCUUAUGAAGAGAAGAUUAAAAGGAGACAAGAAGAAUCUUUGGAACAAGCUCUUAAAGCCAAAGUAACUUUGAAGAGCGAUGAAGUAGAAAAGAGCCAACCAAGAGGAUGUGGAAGAGGAAGAGGCCGCGGAGAUUUUAAAGAAAUCUUUCCAAGAUUAUUGUUCGAGGGUGAAGGAAAUAGCAAAUUAGUUAAAAAGAUAUGGAGAGAAGUUGGAAGACGUUCGUGUGAAGAGUCAAAAGAUUCAGACUCUUUGACCGUUGAAGAAUUGGAAGGAUCUUUACAAGCUUAUGAAGAGAAGAUUAAAAGGAGACAAGAAGAAUCUUUGGAACAAGCUCUUAAAGCCAAAGUAACUUUGAAGAGCGAUGAAGUAGAAAAGAGCCAACCAAGAGGAUGUGGAAGAGGAAGAGGCCGCGGACGAGGCCAAUGUUACAAUACUCCUGACAAUGUUGAUGAGAAAGCCAAUCUGAUAGAAGAGAACAAAGAAGUUGAAGAGUCGUCUUUAUUGCUAACAAUCAAGAACGAUGAUAAAGAUGACAACAUAUAG